UUGCGGAAGUGGCGCUGUCUGUCGCGGGUGUGAUGGCUUCAAGGUUACUUCGGGGAGCUGGGGCGCUCGCUGCCCAUGCCCUUAGGGCCCGUGCACCUCAUGGGGCGGCUGUCGUGCGCUCCAUGGCUUCUGGAGGGGGUGUCCCGACCGAUGAGGAGCAGGCCACGGGGCUGGAGCGGGAGAUCAUGAUGGCCGCGCGGAAGGGCCUGGAUCCCUACAACUUGUUACCCCCAAAGGCAGCUUCUGGCACCAAGGAAGACCCUAAUUUAGUCCCUUCCAUCACCAACAAGCGGAUAGUGGGCUGCAUCUGUGAAGAGGACAACAGUGCUGUCAUCUGGUUCUGGCUGCACAAAGGCGAGGCCCAGCGAUGCCCUAGCUGUGGAACCCACUAUAAGCUGGUGCCUCACCAGCUGGCCCACUGAGUCCCUGCACUAACUGAAUCAAAAUGUGCUGUGAAGUUUCUUCUUCCAAUAAAGGUUAGCCAUUGUGUUGGCCCUCCUCC